UGACACCUGUUUUUCAGUCUAAAUAUUAUGCCCGCUCCUGAUUCUGUCCUUCCACUGAAAUCUCUGUGCUGUGGCUGCGGUAUAUCAGAUUGACUUUACAUCACUCUAAUGACUUGCUGGGAUGACCACACUCUGAUGGGGGAAAUGAAAACAUCCAAGGUUCACUUUGAACUUUUAGAACAGCAUCAUCAGCAGAAACCCUGUGCUGCCAAGCAUGAGUGCAAGCCAUCAGCAGUAAUUUCUGUUGAAUGCCUCCAUGUUAUACUGUAUGUCAUUGUCAUUCACAAUUUUCCAUCAUGUAAAUCAAACACAGAGAUUUUGAAAAUAGGGAACCCAGAGCUUUGUUUUACUGUAAUAUAAAAAAGGUUUUUCUUCAUUUUGGGAAAAGGAUCAGAUAGAUAUUUCCAAGGUUAAAAGACGCUGGAAAAGCUUUGUUACUUUGACUAGGUUUGAGUUCAUGUUUGUUUGAAAAUUGAUUGUUUGCUCUGGCUCGGGUUUGAAAAACCUAAUCAGUUGAAACAACUCAGCACUUGACAAAGGCACAGUGAUAACACUUAGCUGUUGAGGAAGAGUGAGAGAUAGGUCUUAACAUGUUAAAAGUAUUAUAGUAAAGCACUUUUUAAAACCAUAACAUAGCUUAGAACUUUUUGAUUUAUCCUUGUUCUGUUUAACCGGCAAGACAAAUGUGACGUGGUAGAUGGUCACUUAUAACUGCAGACCUAUUAAUCAGUAUAAUAUCCUGCUCUCAAGUACUCCACGGUAGUACAUAUACAUGCAUACCCUUACGUAAAUAAUGCAAAACUUUUUUAUUUAUACAGUCUGCAGUGCAGCAUUUAACCACCCGGUGGCAGUAGUUAGCUUACCUUAAACCUCUCUCCAUCUGCAUCGCAGUCAUCUGACCUAGAUGUCUAAACUAACAGAAAUGGAAGAAGAUAAACCGGCAGUAGCAGUGAUUGAGUAAACCUGUGGUGACGGAGUUAUUAAUAAGACGGUUUUAUCAUGUGAAUUGACCUACUUGGUCACUGACAUUUUAUGAACAUUAAUGAACAAAGACCUGCCACUGUGAUCGGGUAAUAUGUGAAGAGAAUGACGGUGGGAGGCUGUCUGCAGCCUGAGGGACCAGUGAUGAUGAUGAUGAUGAUGAGGAGGAUGAAGGUGUAUCAGUGGUCAGUGUCAGACCCUACCUGACUGAAUGUCAGCUCACAGAAAGACAAUGUGGACACAGACCAAAGUGCGGUGCUGUGAUCUUGAUUGAACGUCUGCUGGCUCACAGCUAAAUGUGGCUGACAUUGAGGUAGGACCACUGACCUUGCAGCUAGAACCAGUGGUUUCUCUGGCAGUGGUUUUCUGUUAAACGCCUCGGCUAAAGUGAUCCAGAGUCACUAGUCACAAAUAAUUGUAAGAGUUGUUGUUUUUUGUUGUCUCAUGUCUAAAGUAUUAUCCUGGCCGUUGCCAAGUCAGGAUAAAUUCCAGCAGAAGAAAUAUACCCCUGUACUUAAUACUAGUUCAAACUCAUUGAGUUUACUGCAGUCAUUUAACCUAUCACUAUGUUCAUUUUUUUACGACAUUUAAUAUUUGCUCAAACGGGGGAAUCCCUGCUGCUGCAUCAGCAGUUUGUCUGUUCAGCUGACCUGUGGGCUCUGUAGUAGGAAGUUACAGUAUUGAUUGUGUGGAGAUUUUCUACCUACAAAAGAACACAGUUCUCUGCAUAAAAACAUCAACAUUUUAUAUUUUAUUAUUUCAAAAAUUUAAGUGAAGAUGUGACCUCACUGCACUGUAGUCUUCUUUGAUCUUUUGUUUUUUGCAAUGGAGAUGCAAAUACAGAUUACCAUGGGAACACAUACAAUGAAGUUAUUUUGCAUUGAGUUUAUCAUUUAAUUAUUUAUUGUUAUAUAUGUAUUUAUUAUUUACAUGUGGACUUGUUUACAGAGUGAUCUUGUAAAAUCUCCUAUAAAACUUGUUUAUUGUCUUAAUAUUAUUAUUGUUCAAUGAAAUCCCAUCAAACUUUCCCUUCAAUGAAACUAUUAUUAAGGGUGUCCUCAUUUAAAACGAUUGAUGAACAAAUCAAUAUCCUCCAUGUCCUUGUCGGUCCAUUGAGAUCUGCUGUCUCUGGUAAUGGCUUAUUUGGAGCCAGUAAAUCAGGACGCUAGGGGGCGUGCCCAUGUCAGGACCGCCCCUACUGUCCAUCACCAUGACAACGACCGCGGACGUGAGGAUGGAGGCAGGCGCAGGGGGCGACACUCAGAGCAGAGACAGGUGUUGCUGUGGAAUGCACGUCGGCCGUGACAUGUUGUGGCAGAGAGGAGGCUGAGAGAACAGCAACACUGCUCCGACACACUUUCACGUGUGUGUGUCGCAUUUGUGUUUGUGCAAACACGGGAUUUAGGCGCAGCUGGAAACCGAGCAACCGUCGCAAUGGUGCACCACUCGGGCUCCAUCCAGUCCUUCAAGCAGCAGAAAGGUAUGCACACCAGCAUCAGCGAGAUCCUGAAGGAGAAGAGCCUGAAGCCGUCUCGCCGCAGCCUUCCAUGCCUUGCCCAGAGUCAGACUCAUCCAAUCAACCUCAACCACUUCCUGUCAGUGCCUCUGAGCCCGGAGUCUAAAACAGAAGUGGAAGGUUUGAGUCAGGCCAUCAGCACCUCCUGCAGCCUGCUCUCCCCACAGACAGCCGACGAUGUCAAGGAUCACUACACGGAGGAGUCGGAGGUGACUACGUGUGAAACCAGAGCUGACGAGUCGUCCCCGCUACAGAAGCCCGUCACCCGUUCACACCUAGAGGCCCGCACUUACUCCCUCAAGGUAAAGAACCCCACUGAUACCUCCGGGCUAUUCUUCCGAGACGGGAAGAAACGAAUCGACUACAUCCUGGUUUACAAGAAGUCCAGUCCUCAGGUGGAGAAAAGAUGUACAUUUGAGAAGAAUUUACGUGCAGAAGGUCUGAUGCUGGAGAAAGAGCCAUCUCUGACUAACAGUGACAUCAUGUUUGUGAAAAUUAAUGCCCCGUGGGAUACGCUCUGCAAAUAUGCAGAGCAGAUGAACAUACGCAUGCCUUUCAGGAAAAAGUGUUACUUCACAGACUGGAAGAGUAAAACCCUUGGCAGCAAACUUCAUCUGAGAUGUCGUCAAAUAAAAAGCUGGCUUCCCAGAAAUCCCAUGAAGCUAGACAAACAGGCCUUGCCUGACCUAGAGGAAUCGGACUGCUACACAGCUCCCUUCAGCCGGGCACGCAUGCAUCAGUAAGUAGGACAUGCACACGUUCAGUCAUACUGUACGUGAACUAACACUC